CUCAAGCGCCUUGCACAGAAUUUAACAGAGCUUCGUCUUCCUCGGCUACCAACCCUUCUUUCUACGAUUCAAGCACGAUGAUGAUGCAGAUCAACUCAACGGUGCCAGCCCAAAACCUUCACAUGUUUCAGGCCAGACGCGCCAGCUUCAAGUGCCAUGCCUCUCCGCUCAACCCCGCUGUGAUGGCCGCGCCCUCCUCCACUGACUCUCUGAAAGUGGUGACAUCUGAGUCAACUAGGCUCCACCUCGCCAACCUCGACAAGCUCCUCCAGACGAAGCAACUACCAUCCCCACCGCAACCAUUACCGCAGCAACCUACUGAGGAUAAGAAACAACCCAACAAUGAAAAGAAGGCAAAGACCGUACUGGAAGGACUGAACUUGGCGAAGAUGUGGCCGGAAAUGAAAGCCACCGAGGAAAUGUCGCCCCGACAUCUCAACCGCUUGCAGCGCUUGCUGUCCAUGACCCAGGAACGUUCCCCGAGGAACGUUCUGGGCAGAAGGUGGAGGGAAUAUCAUGGCUGCGACGAUUGGAAGGGUAUGUUGGAUCCGCUUGAUGAGAAUCUCCGGCGAGAGGUGGUCAGGUACGGUGAGUUCGUUCAAGCUGCUUAUCAUUCCUUUCACUCCAAUCCGGCCAUGUCAGCGGAGGAGCCACCGGCGCCCCGUCACGUAAUCCUUCCCGAUAGGUCGUAUCGAGUGACGAAGAGCCUCUACGCCACAUCCUCAGUCGGGUUGCCCAAAUGGAUAGACGAUGUCGCUCCGGAUCUCGGGUGGAUGACCCAGAGAUCAAGCUGGAUCGGGUACGUUGCCGUUUGCGAUGACCGUAGAGAGAUCGCGAGGAUGGGACGGAGAGACAUCGUAAUCUCUCUAAGAGGCACAGCAACGUGUCUUGAAUGGGCGGAGAACAUGAGGGCCCAGUUGAGCGACAUGGACGACUCGCCAUCACAAGACGAAGAUAAGGCCAAGGUAGAGUGCGGGUUCCAGAGCCUGUACAAAACCAGAGGGACCCACGUACCCAGCUUAGCAGAGUCGGUGAAGGCAGAAAUAAAGAGACUCAUGGAAACAUACGAAGGAGAGGAACUAAGCAUUACAGUGACGGGACACAGCCUAGGGGCUGCCUUAGCCUUGUUGGUUGCCGAUGACAUAAGCACCAUUGACGACGAGGUGCCACCAGUGGCUGUAUUCUCAUUUGGAGGGCCCAGGGUGGGGAACAAGGAGUUUGGGAAUCAGAUUACAGGAAAAAACGUGAAAGUUCUGAGAAUAGUGAAUUCGCAGGAUGUGAUAACGAGGAUUCCGGGGAUGUUUGUGAGUGAAGAGACGGAGCAGAAACUGAGAAGCUCCAAGGUAGGUGGGGUACUGGAUAUGUUGGAGAAGAACACACCAUUGGGAUAUACACACGUAGGAUCGGAGCUACGUGUGGACACGAAGAUGUCACCUUAUCUGAGACCAGAUGCUGACAUGGCGUGUUGUCAUGACCUGGAAGCUUACCUGCAUCUGGUGGAUGGCUUCAUGGCAUCUAACUGUCCAUUUAGGAGUAAUGCCAAGAGGAGCCUGGUGAGGUUAUUAAAAGAUCAAGGCUCCAAUAUUAAAAAGUUGUAUAUUAGCAAAGCAAAAGCCAUGACUGUCAAUAUUGAAAGACAGACAUCAUUCUCUAUGUCUAAUUGUUUACCCAGUCCUUCUUAAAUGUGAAUAUCAUCAAAACUUUUUGCA